AAUAUGUAGAUGAAAAUAGAUAUUAAAGACCCAAAUUGUCUUAAUUGUUAUUAAUAUUGACUAAUUUAUUUUAUGGUUAGGAUAUCAGUCAAGGGAUGUAACUCGUUCGCGACCUUUUGGAUUUAGAAAUGCAGGGUAUUGGUGCAUUUGGGAAGAAAUCUGAUGGUUUUAAAUCAGCAUGUAAAAGAUGUGGAUAUGCUGGUCAUCUGACAUUUCAAUGUCGUAACUUUGUGAAAGCAGAUCCCAGUAAAGAUGUUGUACUUGAUGUUAGCAGUACAAGUUCUGGUUCAAGUGAUGAAGAAUUUAUCUCACCUUUAGUUAAACUAAACAAAGAUGAACAAAUGAAACAAGAUAGCCAAAAGUCCAGAAAGGACAAGAAGCAUAAAAGGGAUAGGUCCAGGUCACCAUUGAAGAAGAAAAAAUCACAUAGAAAGAAGAAAAAGAAGCAUCGACAUAGAUCAGAAAGUUCUGAUGACUCUGAUAGUGAAGAAGACGGCUCUGUUGAUAGAUCAUAUAAGAGAAGAAAGAAGAAGAAAAAGAAGCUUGAAGAUGGUUCAGACAGCAGUGACAGUGAGGCAUACAGUUCAGACGAGAGAGUAAACAAGAAGAGAAAGAAGAAAAAGAAACAUAAACACAAUACUGAUGACUCAGAGUUAACUGAUAGUGAAAAUGAGUCUGAUUCCAGUGACGAUAAAUAUGCUAGAAAGAAAAAGAAAAAAAGAAAACAUAAAAGAAAGAAACGAAAGAAUAAGAAACACUUGUCCAGUGAUGACUCGGAUAGUGAGAGUUGAUGUUGGUACAUUCUUAAAACUGUCUCAUAUAACUGGGCACCAUAAAACUGUGCAAUGAAAUCAUAGGAACACACAUUCAUAUUCAAAAAUUCAAUUUUUGACAAAGAUUUUUGGUUUUUGCAACAUUCUAGUGUUGUUAACCUUUGUUUUCUUGUUAAGAAAUAUAGUAUUUUUAUAUGUUGCAUUUUAAUAAUGAAUAAACUAUUGGUUAUAAUCAUUUGAUUAAGAAAAUCCAUGAUAAAUGGCAGUCUUUAUCUGAAACCACGUCCCUGAAGAUGGUCAAUGCUUAAACUUGUACAAAAUCAGCUCAUAAAAAUUGGUGAAAAUGACUUUGAAAAUGUACAAAAUCAUGUUUACCAUAAAAACACAAAUUGCUACAUUAGUUAUUUCAGCAUAGUAAACUUGUCUUUGUAUUAUCUGAUGAUAAAAUUACAGCAGCCAUUAGCUAGCAUGUGUUAAUAAAAUGGACAUUUAUUCUGUUCUUUGCCUGUCAUUGACAAAAGUUUCCAACCGAGCAUUUUGCUAUGACAAUGGCAUUAUUGUUAUCAUAUUUUUAGCUCGACUAUCCAAUAAGAAUAAGUAGAGCUAUUGUAGUCACCUGAGCGCCUGUGUCGGCGUAAUCAUGUAUGUUAAAGUUUUUGUAUUACAAAUAUUUUGAAAGUCCUUUGACAUAUGGCUUGAAACUUUGCACACUUGUUCACCACCGUGACCCCAACCUGUAAACAGGAGGUGGUAACUGUAUCAAGCAUUUUGAUAGAAUUCUGCCCCUUUUUCGACUUAGAAUUUACGUUAAAGUUUUUGUAAUACAUCAAAUAUUUUCAAAGUCCAUUGACUUAUAAAUGGCUUUGAAACUUUGCACACUUGUUCACCAUCAUGACCCCAACCUGUAGACAGGAGGAAGUAACUUUUCAAGCAUUUUGACAGAAUUAUGCCCUUUUUUCAACUUAGAAUUUAUGUUAAAAGUUUUUGUAACACCUCAAAUAUUUUCAAAAUCCAUUGACAUAUGGCUCCUGUAGACAGGAGGUAACUCUAUGAAGCAUUUGGCAGAAUAAUGCCCCUUUUUCAACUUAAAAUUUACAUUUAAGUUUGCAUACCUGUUACCACCUAUUCUAUUGACAUAGACAUUGAAACAAGGUGAAAUUUUAUACUCUUCUUUGAGAGCAUAAUAGGACUCUCUCCAAGGCCUAUAACUGUAACAUGGAUUUAAGGAAAAAUCUUGCCCUUUUGUUAUCUUUGAAAAUUUUACAUGUACAUUAUCAAGGCUCUUUUACUAUCAAGCACAAAGAAUAGUUGAGCGUUGCUGUCGUACCGACAGCUCUUGUUACCUAAAAGGUUCACUCUGGCUUCUUAUUUCUUUAAUUUUUCUUCAACAAAUUGUAUAUGUAUUGUGGUACUUGUCAACCAUAUUGAUUGAUAAAAAGGUGAAAUCUG